AUGCUCGAUAUCCUGUUGUUGGGCGCGACCGGCUAUACUGGACGCCUCAUCACAAGAUACCUAGCGACACACCCACAGCGUGGAACGUUCACCUUUGGCAUCGCGGCACGCUCAGAACAAAAGUUUGAGACGCUCCGUGAUGAAUUGGGCGAUGCUCUUCUGCACGUUCCAACGUUUGUUGUAGACGUUGCCAACUUUGAUGAUAUCGAGAGAGCCGUCCAACAAGCUCGUGUUGUGAUCAAUGCCGUCGGACCGUACUGGCGCUGGGGCACAUCGGUCGUGCGAGCCUGCGUGCGCCACGGCAGGCACUACGUUGACCUAACGGGCGAAGCCCCGUGGGUUCGGCAAGUCAUUUCUGAGUUUGACUAUGUCGCUGCCAAGGCAGGCUCCGUGAUUGUUCCCUGCGCCGGGUUGGACUCCGUACCUUCCGACCUCCUAGUAUACGUUGCAAGUAAGACCCUCAAGUCCUUCGCAGGUCCACAAACCGCAAUCGACACAUCCACAUCCGCGUGGAAACUCAGCAGUUCGGGUAUUUCCGGAGGAACGUUUUCCUCCAUUCUUUCCAUUUUGGAAGAUAUACCUCGACACAAGGCCCGGGAAGCCACGCACGACUUCGCGCUUAGUCCCAUCAAAGGCGUACCCAGUCCCCGCCCUCGGACAUUUUACGCUCUGUCUGUUGACCCCCCUCUGCGGGGGGUACUGUACCUCAUGUCAGUUGUAAACAGGCAGGUGGUGCAGCGUUCUUGGGGCUUAUUCGAGCUCGCUGGGCGAAGUCCGGAAUUGGUAUUCCCGCCAGGAUCGUUCGGCCCGCAAGAUGUAUCUGGGCUAUCUUAUGGUCCUGCUUUCAAGUACGACGAGUUUAUGGUCCUCCCAAGCAUGCUGCACGCAGUGUUUGUAGUGUUCUUUUUAGCCACCGUGGCACUUGCCAUGGCCACAUUCCCGCCUGCUCGAUGGCUGGCUCGUAAAUUGAUGCCGCAGUCGGGAGAAGGACCGAAUGAUUUGGAUCUUGAGACUGGUUCUGUCCAUAUCACCAAUAUUACCACUUCUGCCCCAGCCGCCAACGGUCGCACAGUCACAGUACGCACAACUUUUAAAGGCAAAGGGGACCCCGGAUAUCUGCUGUCGUCUGUUAUGAUUUCGGAAGCUGCUUUGGCAUUGGUGCAGGACAAGAACCUCUUACCGCCCUUUGCAAAAAGGGGCGGUGUAUUAACACCAAUGACCGCUUUCGGAGACGUUCUGAUUCAACGUUUGAAUGCUUGUGGUCGUAUCAGUAUAGAAAGCGACGUGGUUCCGGUGGAGGGUGGGAGAAUGAAGGUCCUUUGA